AUGCACUUCACCAAGUUCGUUAGCACCCUCUUCCUUAUUGGCGCCGUGUCGGCCGCUGCUCUCCCCGACACAGAGCAAGACCAAUCCGGCCUCGUCACCGACCCCAGCGAAGCUCAGGACGACGGCAAUUCCACCGAGAUUGUCACCACCCGUUCGGACAAGGCCUUUGCACAGGUCACGACUUGGUCGGGAGACAACUGCCGAGGCUCUUCGGCAAACCAUGGCGUCGGCACCGUCAAAUUCACUUGCUUCCAUACCCCUGGACAUUCUUUCAGCAACUUCCUCGCCUGGCCUAGUUGCGUCCUCACGACCUGGAGCGGCACCGAUUGCCACGGGAGCUCCAAGCGUUUCACCACUGGCUCUUCAGAAGGGUGCGUUAAGAUCCCAUUCGGGUCCUACUCUAUCAACUGUUAG